ACAUAUUCAGAAAUUGGUUCAAUAACAGAAGAUUUUAAUCAACUUAAAAUGUUUUAUCAAAGUAAAAAAGAUUAUAAAAUCGAAAUAAAGGAUAUAUUUGAAACAAAUAAACUUGGUUCUGAAAAUACCAAUAACAUAGAUAAUAAUAAAGAAAUACAAUAUUUUAAUAAUCAAGUUCUUACUUCAGCACAAAUUAAAAAAUUUAAAAAAAUAUUUUUACAAAGUAAUAUUAAGAAAAAUAAUAAAGAGCAAGAAGUUAAUUAA